AUGGCGGUAACAGCUUGGACCGAUACCUGCGUCCAUUGCGCUGAGCUCCUUGCCAGCGUCCCUCUCUCUGUCAUCUUCGCCGCCGUCGGCGCUACUGCGGUUGGAUUGUUUGUUUGUCUCUAUGUUUUCCUAUCCCUAGUUGCCCCGAUACCACGCAGUCCCCUCCUGGAAGAAACGACCUACCGCACUAUCUCGAAAGACGGAUCGGUCACGGAGCCUGAGCCGCUACCCUCCUGGCAAGACUCGAGCUCGAAAAAGAAUAACCGGGGAACCGACAAUGCCGAGUUGUUUGUGUCCCUGGUCGUCCCGGCUUAUAAUGAGAAAGACCGCCUCGGUGGCAUGCUAGAAGAGGCCGUAAACUACCUGGAGCGCAUGUACGGGACACUGGGCAACAGCCAACCCGACGAGAAGCCCGUUCGGCAACGGAAGCACGCCGCCAACGGACACGCAAAUGGCAGUGCAAACGGCAACGCGGCGACCGGGAUACCUCCCGGAAAGGGCUGGGAGAUUAUCAUCGUCUCGGAUGGAUCGACGGACAGCACAGAAGAAAUGGCGUUCUCUUUUGCCCGAGACCAUCAACUCUCGCUGCACCCCAAGGGCCAUGCCGGUCCCUGGACACCCGAGCCCGAAGAGGGCGUGCACAUUCCCCCCGGGACAAUCCGUGUAGUGACUCUGUGCAAGAACCGUGGAAAGGGCGGAGCCGUCACUCACGGAAUGCGACACGUCCGUGGCCAGUAUGUGAUUUUCGCUGAUGCAGAUGGCGCAACCAACUUUGCGGACUUGGGUAAACUUGUUACUGCCUGUCAGGAUGUCGAGGAUUCCACUGGCCGCGGUGUAGCCGUUGGAUCUCGCGCGCACAUGGUUGGAAGUGACGCUGUUGUCAAGCGUUCCAAACUCCGCAACUUCCUAAUGCACUCAUUCCACCUAAUUCUGUGGCUCCUGACACCCUCAAAAACCGCCACGAUCAAGGAUACCCAGUGCGGGUUCAAGCUCUUCUCGCGCGCCUCUCUCCCCUUCAUCAUUCCCUACAUGCAUUCCGAGGGCUGGAUCUUCGAUGUCGAGAUGCUGAUGCUUGCGGAGUUUGCGCGCAUCCCUGUUGCCGAGGUCCCAGUUGACUGGCGCGAGGUCGGCGGGAGCAAGCUGAAUGUUCUGAGGGAUAGUAUCGGUAUGGCGUGGGGGCUGGCAGUUCUGAGGGCUGCGUGGUCGUUGGGGGUUUAUAGACGGACGUGA